CGGCAGGGAAGGAAGAACGAGGCUCAUUGUCCAAGAUAUAACAGUUGGUACAAAGCGGGGAUCUGACGAGCUUUUCUCUACUUGUGUUACUAACGGACCCUUUAUCAUGAGCAGCAACGCUUCUUCUGCAGCUAAUGGAAACGACAGCAAAAAAUUCAAAGGGGACAGCAGAAGUGCUGGGGUCCCAUCCAGAGUAAUCCACGUUCGUAAGCUCCCCAGUGACGUCACGGAGGCUGAGGUCAUCUCUCUGGGCUUACCUUUUGGCAAGGUCACCAACCUUCUGAUGUUGAAAGGGAAAAACCAGGCUUUUAUAGAAAUGAAUACAGAGGAGGCAGCCAACACCAUGGUAAACUACUACACCACAGUCACUCCAGUCCUUCGAAGCCAGCCCAUCUACAUCCAGUUCUCCAACCACAAGGAGCUUAAGACAGACAACUCACCAAACCAAGCACGUGCCCAAGCAGCUCUGCAAGCAGUGAAUUCAGUUCAGUCAGGAAACCUAGCACUGCCAGCCCCUGCUGCAGCUGUGGAUGCGGGAAUGGCAAUGGCUGGCCAGAGCCCUGUGCUGAGGAUCAUUGUGGAGAAUCUCUUCUAUCCUGUCACUCUAGAUGUUCUUCAUCAGAUUUUUUCCAAAUUUGGUACAGUCUUGAAAAUAAUUACAUUCACGAAGAACAACCAAUUUCAGGCUCUGUUACAAUAUGCUGACCCCAUGAGUGCUCAGCAUGCCAAACUGUCUCUGGAUGGACAAAAUAUCUACAAUGCCUGUUGUACGCUGCGCAUAGAUUUCUCAAAGCUCACAAGUCUCAAUGUCAAAUAUAAUAAUGAUAAAAGCAGAGAUUACACACGACCAGACCUACCUUCUGGGGAUAACCAGCCCCCUCUUGAUCAGACCAUGGCAGCUGCUUUUGGUGCCCCAGGAAUAAUCCCUGCCUCUCCAUAUGCAGGAGCUGGCUUUCCUCCCACCUUUGCAAUUCCUCAGGCUGCAGGUACUGUACUUCGCUUGACAGUUCAAAAUGUUCAUGGAGCACUAGCUCCUUUGGCUAUCCCAGCAGCAGCUGCAGCGGCUGCAGCAGGACGGAUUGCCAUUCCCGGCCUCGCUGGGGCAGGGCACUCUGUUCUGCUGGUUAGCAAUCUGAAUCCUGAGAGAGUUACACCCCAAUGCCUCUUUAUUCUUUUCGGAGUCUAUGGUGAUGUGCAGCGUGUGAAGAUUUUAUAUAAUAAGAAAGAGAAUGCUCUGGUUCAGAUGGCUGAUGGAAACCAGGCUCAGCUUGCCAUGAGCCAUUUGAAUGGACAGAAGCUCCAUGGGAAGCCAAUCCGUAUAACGUUGUCCAAACAUCAGACAGUACAGCUCCCUCGUGAGGGGCAAGAGGACCAAGGUCUGACUAAGGACUAUGGAAAUUCUCCUUUACACCGUUUCAAGAAACCAGGCUCCAAAAACUUCCAGAACAUCUUCCCUCCUUCUGCCACUCUUCAUCUGUCCAACAUUCCGCCUUCAAUAGCUGAAGAGGACCUCAAGAUGCUGUUCUCAAGCAAUGGUGGGAUGGUCAAAGGCUUCAAAUUCUUCCAGAAGGACCGUAAAAUGGCUCUGAUCCAGAUGGGCUCCGUGGAAGAAGCCAUUCAAUCACUCAUUGACCUCCACAAUCAUGACCUGGGUGAGAAUCACCACCUGCGUGUGUCCUUCUCCAAGUCGACCAUUUAAAGCUUGGGAAGGCACGAGACAAAAUGGACUUGACUUAACCUCUUGAGUUCAGCCUUGACCUUAAAAGGGCUGAACGUGAGGGUUUUCAACUUCCAUCAUUCCAGACAUAAAGAAAAGAAAAAGCCACUUUAAAAAAAAAAAAAGCAGCUGAAGUGACCUUAAAAGACCAGAGAUUUUAUUUUUUUAAAGAGAAAUCAGUUUACCGGUUUUUAAGAAAAAAAAAACAAAAAAAAGAGAGGAAAAAAAAAAAUACACAAUGAAAUCUAAUUCCUAUUGCUAACCUUGCGGUGAUGGGUAACAAUCUUGACUGUUCGAAAAUAAAAACAUCACAAGUUGAAGUUUACACUUUGGAACCUGCUCUGGGAAAUCCCCCCCCCCUCCCUUCCCUCCUGUUCCUUCUCCCCAUCCCUAUAAAGCAGAUCCCAACAAGUUGAUCAGGUUUCACAUUGAUGCCUUUGUUUCUUUUUCUUUACCCAUCCAUGCCUUGAAAAAAGACCUAAAACCACUGUGUACGUUCACUAUUGCGCCUUUGGAGUCAGGAUUUUGCAUAAUGCAUGGUUGUAAUGGAGCUCCCAACCCAACUAGCACAAAAAAAACCAAGUUGCAUUGAUCCUACUUAAACUGUGCAUCUGCUAUCCUGUGCCUUAAACCUUUUUCCUUCUAUUUGGGAAAACAUCUGAAUCGUGGAGGUCGGAUGGGAAAUGAAUGAGUUGUGGCUCGUUAGAUCUACUCCUUGUAGGGAAGGACUAAUCAAGCUGGCAGAGUGGAUAAAGAAAAUACUGAGCUUUGAGGCAGUCGUAUCCCGCUGCCCUCACUUGGUUGUGUAGCAUCAUGUGUCUUCGUGCCACUUUCCAAUCUGCUCGUGGUUUACCUCCAUUUACAAACCUCCAAGUGGGAGUUGAGAUCCCCCUGGUGUGACAUUCAGACCGAGUAUAGAAGGGUCUGGGUGGGGGGGGAGCGUUCCCAAGACCAAAUCCCAUUCUGUUAUCAGUAGGGAGCCGACAAACAGGCUUCUGCCCUUCCCAAGAAGAGCAUUGAUCAAGAUACGAAAUUAACCACUGCUGGAUGUUUGUGAAGACAAAUCAUUAAGAAUUUGUCACAAUUUGUAUGUGUAUAUAUAUAGAUAUAUAUAUAUAUAUAUCUCGAAAUACUAGGAUUUGAAGAGUUAUUGGCUAUCCCACAUCUAGAAAGGUGUUCAUGCAAGUCACCUUCGUGCCCCUGAUUUGAAAUUAACAAGACCAGUGUAGCUCUGCCAUCAUUCUUAUAGCGUGUCUUCAGCAUUUGAGCUUUUUUUUUGUUUUAAUUCUUGUAUUAUACUUCUUGAUGCAGUCGCUGUCAUCUGUGCCUAGCAAUAUUUCCAGUCGACCAAAUAUUCUAAUCUCUUUUUAUAUGCAAAAGAAAUAGUUUAAGUACCUUUUUGUUUUGUUUUGUUUAAUAGAAUGGUAAGAUAAACGUAAUCUAAAUUUACUCCUUGGUGAUAUUACCCUCCUUUUUGUAUACUGUACUUUCUUUGUUUUAUGAUUGAAUCUGUAGGGCAGUGAUUUCUAGUUACCAGGCUGAGCUCAUGACUGAGGAUGAGGAUGUGAUGAUGACGUGGGGAUGAGUCGCAUUAAAGUGGACUUUUAAAGCUGUGUUUGAGAUGCCAGGCGGAAUCAGCUUGUGAAUGGAAGGACCAGGCUCAAGUUUUUAACCUAUAAGCCCAGAUAUUAAGUUAUAGGAAGGGAAUUCGUGAUCAAUAGAACGCAGCAGAUCGUUUUCUCCCAAUGAUAAAAGCAACCUUUAUGUUUCCUGGCUUUACAACUCUUUCCCAGGCCGUUCUGCCUUCUAUUUCGUAUAAUCCAACGUUGCCUUACAUUUCCCUCUAACCUGCAACCUGUUUGGAUGCAAAAUAACAAGGAUCUUAUUAUACUUUUUAUUUUUUUUCAGGGUUGUUUUUGUUGUUAUUUUCCUGCAAAUUGUGGACCAAAGUUUGUUUUCUAAUCGUCUUAGUGUUGCAAGUUACAAGUUUUCCUUGCCUUUUAGGGUGGGAGCUCUGACUUGCUUAGCACUGAGUGCUUGGAAAAAGUCUUAACACUUUCCUUUUGUUCCUCCCUGAACUCUUUGAGGGUGUGAAUUAAUGCUGGAUGAGGUCUGAGUGAGGGUUCAGCUUGGGUUGAUGCUGUGAGAUCUGCAUUGUGGCCAUCAGUAGGAGCUGCAUUGGGUUACUGCAUUGGGUUACCUCUCCAUCUGAGCAAGCCUGGUUCAUUAUCAGUCUGCCUAUGAUCUCCUUGCAUUGAGCAUUGCAAAUCCAGGUGUGUCUUGGCAGAUUGGAACCUGUUUGCUCAUCUCCCUUCUUCAAGGGGGAGAAGCAGAGUUGCAUCCCUGCUUGCAUCUCCCUUCUUAAAUAGGGAGAAGCAGAUUUGCAUUCCUGCUUGCAGCUCUUCUUGCAGCUCUGCUCCUACAGCCCCAGAUCCACACACAACCCAAAGCAGAACAGCCGUGCUGGAGCUUUCAGAUGCAAUUCAAUCCAACCCGAGAUGCUGGGAAGAGGCUCAUUGCAAUGAGACCUUUCUGGUGGCCUCAACACUGAUUUGAUCGACCCCACAAAGGCAAUGAAUGGAGUGAAUUGAGGUAACCCCAGAACCCAGCCGCGGUGGGUUGGUUUUAUUUCUCCUUUGGAUCCCUGUGUUUGCAUGUAAAGAAUGUGAGUAACAAAAAAAAUACAAGGGUGUACAUAUUUAUAAGUUGUUUUUUUAUACCUGUUCUAAGACAUUGAAGGGGGGGAGCAGCAAAACCCAGGUGUUUUUUCUUUUUUUUAUGGUGAACAGAUGUAUUGUAUAUUUUGAUACCAGCUCUAUACAGGUUCAGUAUUGUGGAGAGGGUGGGGGAGGGGGUCAGCGUGUAUCGACACCAUCAAGAAUUCCAUUUGCCUCUUAGCAAAAGAAUGUUUGUAAUGCAAAAAAUACACACAAAAGAGAAUUAAAAACUAUUUUAUAACAACCUUUGUACCUUUCUGUAGCUCCGUUUCUUUUACUGUUCAGAUUGUAGAAAGCAGUUAUUGGCCAGUCUGUACUUUUUACUUUUAAUUUUUUUUUCUUUUUUUUGUGCUUUCAAUAAAUUUCUUCUGUAUUCUUUGCUUCUGA